UGUUUUACGCUACCACAAUUCGUCUUAAUUGUUUAAUAAUUAAUGAACUGACAAUGAUUGACACGGAAUGUGUCGUGUUGUGAACAUAGCCCCUAUUAUUAGUAACAAUAUUAUAUAUUUAUAAAAAAAAUAACAUUAUUAAUAUUUUUUUAUAGAUUUCCAUGAUUCGUGUGAUAUUGAACAACUAAUAAAAUGUCACUUAAACUUGUAAUCUCAGCAGCAAUUCUUGCAAUUGCUAUUGGCGUUUGGAUGAAUUCUGUGAAAACAGGAACUGAGGAACAAGAUGUAUUGAACUACUCUCUGAGAGCUGUUAUAGUAGUAGUACUUACAAUUGGUAUAGGUGCUUGGAUGAAAUCCAUAAAAAUUGGGCCAGUAUGUGACAGCAACACAGAUUUAACUGGGAAGACGGUGCUUAUCACUGGAGGAAAUGUUGGUGUUGGAAAGGAAACUGCCACUGGUUUAGCGAAGCACAAUGCAAAAGUAAUUAUUGCUUGCAGAAAUUCUUUAAAAGCAGUGACAGAAAUCCGAUUAGAAAGUGGAAACGAUUUGGUAACUUUCAUGAAGCUGGACUUAGCAGAAAUGGCUGAUGUCCGACAAUUUGCAAAUGAGUUUAUCGCAAAAGAAGAAAGACUUGAUAUUUUGGUCAAUAAUGCUGGAAUAAUAACAGAUGGGAAAACGAAGGACAAUUUUGAUAUGAUGUUUGGCAUUAACCACUUGGGACCUUUUCUAUUAACGAAUUUAUUGUUGCCCUUAUUGAGAAAAACUUCAAAAAAGAAUCCAGUAAGGAUUGUCAAUGUUGCGUCAAAAAUUUACGCAGCAGGGAAAAUUGAUUUUAAUAAUUUGAAUCCAGAUGUUGAUUCUAACAGUGGGAUGAAAGAGAUAUUUCUUAAAUAUGCAAAUACUAAACUUAUGAAUAUAUAUUUCACAAGUGAGCUGGAUAAACGAUUGAAAAGUGAAAAUGUUGCAAUCACGACAUACUCUGUUCAUUCUGGCAAUGUAGAUAGCAGUUUUGCACAUGAUGUUGCACAAAGAUGUGGAUUGCUGUGGGCUUAUUUUAACAAAUUUUUUUGCGGUUUUGCAUCAAUGACUCCUUACUAUGGCGCUCAGUCCUCAUUGCAUUGUUGCCUUGAGGAAGGAAUUGAAGAUCGAAGCAAGGAAUUCUUCGUGAAGUUGAGACCCAUUGAAAUUGACGCCGUGGCAACAGAUCCUGCGAUAGGUACCAAGUUAUGGAAUGUUAGUGAAGGUCUAACAGGACUCACUGACUAAAUUGUCGAGAUUUGAAUUAUAGGAUUCUUAUUUCCUCGCUUUAUCUCAAAUAAAGCUUUAACAAUCAUAAUUCAUUCGCCAGCACAGGAUGGGUGCGAUAUUGGUAAACAUUGACCUAGGGCCUAGGCCUUCCUAUUCAACAAUAAUUGAAGGCCAUGUUUGGUUAUGCUUAUGUUUCCCAGAAGUGUGUAAGGCUUGGGAAAAUAAAAAAGCAUUUGAAAAAUUUCCAAGGGAUUUGCUCGCUUUCCAGAAUUCUACAUUUCCAAUUUGUGUUUAUUAUGAAGUUUUCAAAAUAAACUAUCUUUCUAUUCCAAUCUGGGCUGGUAAGCAAAUGAGCGGAUGCAGUUACAUUUCGUACUACCUCAUUUUGUUAUUUAACAUAUUACCUAAUUUUCAAUUUAUAAAAACUCUUAAAUAAAUGAUGAAUAUGCAAGUUUAAGUAAAAUGUUUGUUUAUUUGUUAGGUAGGAAACACAUUUCUGCUACUGCCUUCUCGAAGGCUGCCCUUAUAAAUAAAAAAAAAUUUUAUUAGCACAGCUGGUUUGUGGUAUUUGGAACAUGCUUGCCUCUAUCUGCCAUAUACAAGGCAGAUAAAGUUCUUUUGAUGAUUUUACUUACUAUUUUAUCUACGAGCGGAUAGCAGGGCUACUUCCCACCAGAAUCCGAACUCACAAUUGGUCAUAGAUUAUUUUUAUGAAAAAUCAUGCAGAGCAUAGCCACGAUAGCUUAACCAGGUUGUAUACUCAAACAGCCAAUGCGUAAAGCACCUUCAUGCAUAGCUGGUGGAAACCAGCCACAAAGGAGCACACCAGUCUUGACUGAUAAAAACACUACAAACAGUCUCUUCGCUAGAAGGACAGUUCCUAAACUGCAAAACCCCCAUUAUCCAGUGAUCUCACACAAAGUUGUGACAACUGAAGUAUAUUCUAAAUUCAAACAUCAGGCAGAAAAGUAAGCAGUCAUCCCUCCAUGGAAGUAUACGGUAUCACAGCACUCUGCUGCUACAAUGGACACCUUUACGCAUUCAGAAAGCGUUACAAUGUGUAAAGUUCGAAUAAACAAGGCCCCAAACUUUACUCAAAUAGCAACUAGCCAGUCCCACUAUUCUCGACUAAUGAAAAGCUACUUUGCAUCAGUAGUGAUCAUUCACUUCACAACCCCUAUAACUAUGAUCUUACAGAAAGAUUCAGUACGGAAUAUAAACUUUAUUGCAUCUCUGAAUUAUUAUACCAAAUAAAAGAAUGUCCACGCAACAGAAUAAAUUGCCUUAAUGGAAGAUAGUGGGUGAUGACGCAAAGCAGGGCCGUGUUGGAGUAAUUAUCCACUUUCGCAUUUGGAUCCAGCUUAUCACUUAAAAAUUCAAGACUGAAAAGAAUCAGUCAGUUCGACCUGUUUACAAAUUGAAAUCUCCAUUUCACGAUUAUAGACUCUCGUAAAGCUUGGCUAUUGAAAUCACACAAAGUCGCAAAUUUGAAAAUACAAACAUGGUAAAAUAAAAUAAAUUUUUAUGUCACAGUGUAGUCACUUUUUCAACCAAACAAAUAUUAUUGGAAAUAAUCAUCCAAU